AUGGACUCGUACGCGCGCCGCAGCUUCCAGAUCUUCCGCAAGCGCACGUCCACGUCCGUGAAGCUGCGCAACAGGCGAGUAGCCGAGCGCCUCGCCAAGCCGGCGGCGUCGGCGGACAGCGCGCGCCUGAUCCCGGAGAAUUACGUCAACUACUCGGUCACGCUCGUGUGCACGCACAGCGGCGGCUACGUGUCCCGCGGCACCGGGCGGCGCUCGCGCCAGGACGUGCGCGCCAUGCACUGCAACGUGCAGGUGAACGCGUGCUUGAAGCUCGUGGACCCGGAGGCCAACCGCUACGAGGUGAACGUUACGCGGGCGCUGCUGACGCACAACCACCGCGUGGACAAGGAGACGUACCAGCAGUACAGCAACGCGAGGCUCGGCCUCUCGGACGAGCUGCUCAGCUGCGUCGAGCUCAUGCACAAGACCGGCGUCAAGCCCAAGGAGAUCCGCUCCUAUAUCAUGGAGAACUCGAACUGCACGCCGACGCUCAAGGACGUGCAGAACAUCCUGCAGCGGCUGCGGAACCAGGAGCGCGCUGCGGCGGCGAAGGCGAGCCCCGACCAGCUCUCAGCAUCCAGGGGGCAAACCCGACUUGCUGUCGUGCCGACUACCCCCGAGGAAGAGGCAUUGCGUGAGUAUCGCCUCGCCACCGCAGCUGCUGCCAAUAAGGACCCGCCGGAGCCUGUGGAGCCCACGACGCAGUUCAAGGUGGCGCAUGCAGUGGGGAAGGCUGUGGCCACUCUGCUGGCGGAGAUGCCUGCGACCGAGUUCGCGGGCGCCUUCCGUGUGAUGGACGUCGCCACGAACAUUGUGUGCGAGCGGCGGGCGGAAGCCGCAGCAAAAUUCGCAGCUGCGAGUGAAGAGGUCGAGAGUGAGACGACAACUGACGCCGAUGCAGCUCUCAGUGUCGCGAGCGCGGGCGUUCCUUCGGUCGACGAUCCAUGGGCCCGAAGUCUUUAG